AUGUACGAUGCAAUUCUGGAGGGCGGCCGCCGCGAAUUGCCCUGGCUACUGGUCGACGACUCCGUCCUGUCGCCGGCCACCGCGGUGGCCAGGCGACCCUGGAGCAACCAUACCCACAUCCUAUGCAAGAUCGGCAUGACGACCAACAGGUCCGUGUCCGCGCGAUUGCAGCAGUGGCAACACGCUUGCAAGCACCCGGUCGUAAACCUGACACCGGAAACAGUCGAACCGUUGCUGUCCACGCAGCGAAACCGCGAGACAACGCUAUCAAGACUACUCAGCAAGCUCACAAUCUCUCGCAGCAAGACACCAACCUGCCGGCGCGAACUCAACGUACCCUCCUACAAAGACGGCGGCUUCUGGGUCGCGGCGCGCGGAUCACUGUCGCUUCCCAUGGUAGAAAACGCAAUACACAGACAUCUAUGGGCAAGGCUCGGACAGGGACUCGUCUACUGCUACGGAUGCGAUUCGGAUGGUCCCAAGAGACACAAGGAGUGGUUCAGACUACCAAUCUCCGAACUACCACGGCUGUUCCGCACAGUGGACUCUUUCUGCCGUGGCGUCUCCGAUAGCUAG